CGUCACUCUCUUUUCCUCUUCUUGAGACUAAUGGAACAUUUCAACAGAAGCAAAAUUACUAAUGACUUCUUGUCUUUAAUGCUGAACCAGAAAUGGCUUCCCAAUACCCACCAAGUCUCCAGUUUCGUCUGCCUGCAUUCAUACUCUUUUUGGAAGCUGCUUUCAUCCUGAUUUUUUACUUCUGUUUUACCUAUGACCAUCAUGACCAACAUCUUCAACAACACCCUACUCUCUAUGCAGCAUUUCAAGAUGUCAAUGUCAUGGUGAUUCUUGGCUUCUCCUUCUUGCUGGCCUUUCUGAAGAGGUACGGCUUCAGCAGCACUGGAUUUGGCCUUUGCCUUGCUGCCCUUGGAGUGCAAUGGGCUCUGAUUGUGAAUGGAUUCCUCUUCCAUUUUUCUGAUGGAGCAGUAGAGAUAAGUUUGCAAAGCAUCCUAGAAGCCCUCAUGACUGUAACCACGAUGCUGAUUUCGGUUGGGGCAGUUCUUGGCAAAGUCAACCUGAUGCAGUUGAUCUGGAUGGCCAUGGUAGAGCUGGCCGUUUUCGCUGUGAACCGAUGGGUUGCUGUGUCUAUCAUGCAGAUUACCAGCCACAUGAGCUUGAUGCAUGUACAUUUAUUUGGUGCCUACUUUGGCCUGAUGGUCUCCUGGAUCCUUUACCAUUCCUCUCUGAGCUCGAGAGUUGAAAAGGAAAGCUCAAAGCCCACUUCGGAUACAUUUGCAAUGCUGGGUACUCUUUUCCUCUGGAUGUUCUGGCCCAGCUUCAAUUCCGUGUUGAUAAUGAACACAAAGGAGAAAUGGGUCGCUGUGUGCAACACCUAUUUGGCAAUUGCUGCCAGUUCCAUCUCUGCCUUUUCAAUCUCAGUGGCUACCAGCAGAAAUGGAAAGCUCAAGAUGGCUCAUCUCCAGAAUGCUACAUUGGCAGGUGGGGUGGCUGUUGGUUUCUCAGCUUCCAUUAUCCAGCAUCCUUGGCUUGCAAUGACGUUGGGCCUGGCAGCUGGAGCACUCUCCGUCCUUGGUUUUGACUUUCCUAAGAAAUGCCGGGAUCCAGCCAUUGGGAUUCAUGACACCCGUGGAGUUCAUUCCAUGUUUGGCUUGCCCAGUUUCCUUGGAGGAAUCGUCUACAUUAUUCUGAUUGUAGUGGACAGCUGGGAGAACCUAUCAUUAUCGGGCUAUUCAGCUUUGAUCGAAAUUGGUGCACUAAGCCUGAGCAUGGCCCUCGGUCUGAUCGGCGGUCUCAUUACAGGUUUCUUCUUAACUUUCAAGUGUUGGAAAGCACCUCCUGUAACCAAGUACUUUGACGAUCAAGCUUAUUGGGAGUUCCCAAAUUUAGCUGUUGGAUACUGAACACAGCCGUCAAGUAAGCUAGACGCUCAAGAGAGAAUUGUUUCCUAUUCUCAUCAGAUUCUACAAAGUGAGACUUUGUGUCUGCUUUAUUAAAGCCGCGAGAAGUUCUGCAUUCAUCUUUCUGCAGUAAAGAAUGAUUUACAAGACUAAAUGCAUAACACUGCAACCCUGUAGUGUUUGUUUUGCCGUCUGUGCCCCUGCUCAAAAGAUUUCGCCUCGCUUUCUGUCACUGUGAUAACACAAUGUAACAAAAAUUGACAAAUUAAAGGUGUUAU